AUGGAAGAUUGUCUCGAACGAGUGAAUAAUUGUCUUCAUAUUUUUACUUCAUGCCUACCAAAGGAUAACAAUAACCAAAGUAACAGCACUAACCUUAACAACUAUACUAAAGCACCCAAAAUGAACGAUUAUUAUACAUUAAUGCUUCCAACAAGACCUAAAAUCGAUGAUGAAAUUAAAAUCAAAGCGAAGCUAAAGCAUCGUCCGACAGAAUUCAUAAUAAAUUUAUGCGUGGACAGUACAAUCGAGUCAAAAAAUGAUGAGCCAAUGAUGAUUGCAUUUCAUUUCCGUACAAAAUUUAAAGAGCAUUCAGAAGACACAAGCUAUGUUGUAUUGAACUGUAAAAGAGGUCAUGAUGGAUGGGAUGAUAUUGAGGAGAUAGAUAACUCAUGGAUUGAUGAUAAUGUUGAGGAAAUUGACAUAACUUUAAGAUUCUCAAAGCGAGAGAUCCAGUUCUUCUCAGGAUCAUCAUUAGAAUACCAGUUUGAACAUCAAUAUGAAAUAAAUCGGAUUGAUCGAUUGCAGAUUGGUGGCGAUUUAGACUACAUCGAGGAAGUUGCAUUGCGCUACAAAAAAUCAUUUUAA